GAUUACCUGAGCACGGAUGACAUGGUGGAUCGCACGGCAAACCAGUUCACCUCGAGGGCGUACUGCGCCGCUGGCGUUCAGGCCAAGAGGGAUGGGCUGAACGCUACCAAGUGCCGCGAGGCACAGAGGGAGGCGUACGCGGCGUCUCGCGCUGCGUACGACAAGUGGUUCUAUUCGUAG